AUGGGCCACAACGUCACAGAAGGAGCAAUAGUCCAGCAUCUAUCUAAACUCCGCAGUCGCCGGGUUGAUAGUGGUAAAGUCGUCCCUCCACCACUUCGACGGGGCGGCAUCGGAGCUCCAAACAAAGCGUCAAACGCGUCCACAACAUACUCCAGGGGAGGUGCUCGGCGCACGAUGCGCAACGUGCAGGAGUCCGACAGCACGGCAGAGCCAUCUGACCCUGCACAAGACACUGAUGUUUCAUCUGACGAAGAGUACGUUGUUAGGCGCCACUCAAAGGCUCAGAGAGACGCUGCAAACAGCAAGAGCUCGAGAUUCGAAAGCAAGGACGACCAUAGAGUUCAGCCCCAAUCCGCAAGUGAUCAGGACGCCGAUGGCAGUCCAAUUGGCUCCGAAGACUUAGUGGUAUCUGGUGCGCAGUUUCUUGAGUAUCCUAAUCACAGGGGACCUCGGAAUCGUUCCCACCCUCGUCUGCAAAAACGGAGCAAGCUGGUUGUUCUGAGGUACAGGCGUGGAACGAAGCCUAAAAGCGAAAAGCCUGUCAAGGUCGAGAGUCCGGAACAUACCACGGUCAGCGCUUUCGAUCCUCACAAUCAGAGUCUACUCGACAAGCAAUUGUAUCAGGAUCUUCAUGGCACAGACAAUUCAAACUCCAUGGGUGCGGCAGAUACCCAUAGCAUGGGCGGGAAUUAUUUGUCCGCAGGUCACUCCAACAUGGGCAUGUCGUCCAUCCCAAAUUCAAACUCCAAUUUCCUGGAUUUUGCGGCUAGCCAGGGUCUGCAUGUGAAUUCUUAUCAGAACUUUUAUCCCAGUUCACAGAACGAGCAGCUCGACUUUGUUCCGAACGCCUUGAAUCAUCUGAAUCCCCAGCAGAGUGAGCAAAUGGGCAUUGCCCCAGGCGAGCAGAGCAUGUAUUUUGACGACCUUUUUCAGUACAUACAUGCCAAUGACGGGCAUAAAGACAAUAGCGGAGCCAGCUUCGCGGAUCCGGGGGCUAUGGAUCACUUUCCCUGA